UAUAUAUAUAUAUAUAUAUAUAUGGAAAGAUAGAAGGAGCCUUUUGAUACUAAGGAUUUGCAGAGAGAGAAAGAGAAGAGGUUAAUUUUUGACCAAAAAAUAAAGAAUAAAUGGGGUGUGGUGUUGUAGCGGCAAGAUUUGUGUUCAGUAUAUUGGGGCUAAUCAUGUUGGGGGCUCUUAUCUAUACGAUCAUCACCGAUGGCACUCCUUUCAGAAAGGCACUUUUCACUCCGUGGAUGGUUACUACCUUAGUUGAUUUCUAUGUGAAUGUUGCAGCCAUUUCGGCUUGGGUUAUCUACAAGGAAGCAUCUUGGUUCAGUUCAUUGAUUUUGAUAAUUCUUUUGAUAUGUUUUGGCAGCAUUACAACAUGUACAUACAUUGUAGUCCAGCUGUUCAAGCUUUCUUCAGAUGACCCUUUAUACCUCGUGUUACUGAAUUCACAAGAUAGCUAUAUCAGGGUUUCUUCUGUAGCAGGAAGAAAAUGUGAAUCCUUUUAACACCAGUUCGCUGUGGGAGCAAAUAUGUAUAUGAUUAAAUACUACCCGAAUGAAGACUAAUUUCUCAGUUCUAAUGCUGUUUCUCAGAUUUAAUGGAUAUUAAAGGUGGUGUUUGUAUUAAUGAUUGUUAUUAUUAUUGUUGCC